UUUGAAAAGUGAAUAGUUGUUACAUUAGCAGAAGUCGCAUUUGUAGUCGAGGGGUGCUUUUUCUCGGUUGCGAGUUUCACAACCACCUGCAUAUGAAAGCCCUAAUUAACUUACACAAAAACUUUCGCCUUGCACUCAAGAGAGUCACGUGUUUGAGAAGGAUGACCGACACAGGACAAAAAGCUUCGACGAGCACGUUGUCGUCAGCCUCGCCCUCUGCUCUUUCCCUCUCCGAUGUCAGACCCGUAGUUGCUGUGUGCCAGUUAACUUCGACCUCGGACAAGGAAAAGAACUUCAAUGUAUGCAGAGCUCUUAUAGAAAGAGCGAAGAAGAGAGGGGCAAAUAUGGUAUUUCUCCCAGAAUGCUUCGCCUACAUGUGUGAAAGUACUGACCAAUAUUUGGCUGCGGCAGAAACCAUGGAAGGAGAAAUCGUAGCAAAGUACAAAGAGUUGGCACAGUCACUGCAGCUUUGGCUAUCGCUUGGUGGAUUUCAUCAGAAAGGCCCAGCGGACGACCCAAAAAGACUUUGGAACACACACAUCAUUAUUGACAGCCAAGGGCAUAUAGCAGCUCAGUAUGAUAAAUUGCAUCUCUUUGAUUUGGACAUAAAAGGGAAAGUUUCACUAAAAGAGACUAAUUUCACUAUUCCUGGAAAUAAUGUUGUGCCACCAGUGGAGACCCCUAUUGGAAAAGUUGGCAUGGCUGUGUGCUAUGAUCUAAGAUUCCCCGAGAUGUCUUCUUACUUAGUUCAGCAGGGAGCAGAAAUCUUGACGUAUCCUUCUGCCUUCACUCAGACCACAGGACUUGCCCACUGGGAGGUAUUGCUCCGUAGUCGUGCCAUAGAGAACCAGUGCUAUGUGAUAGCUGCAGCCCAGACGGGCAGACACAAUGCUAAGAGGACCACUUAUGGACAUGCUAUGGUUGUUGACCCCUGGGGCUGUGUGGUUGCUGAGUGUCAUGAAGGUGAAGAUGUGUGUCUGGCAGAGAUAGACCUGGAAUACAUGAGGAAAGUUAGAGAACAGAUGCCUGUGCAGGAACACAGGAGGAGAGAUAUAUUUGGUACCAUGACAAAUUUAAAGUCUUUAGCCCCUCUAGAUGAGCCCCGAAGCUACCAGUUUGGACAACACACAAUAGACUCUUCCAUAGUGUUUUACAAGACGGCAUUAAGCCUGGCAUUUGUGAACAGGAAACCAGUCCUUCCAGGGCAUGUCCUUGUCUGUCCACUACGUCCAGUGGAGAGAUUUAAUGACAUGACCCCAGCAGAACUGUGCGACAUGUUCCAGGUGGUCAAGCAGGUGUCUGAAGUAGUGGACAGAGAACACAACAGCACCUCGCUGACCAUUGCUGUCCAGGACGGACCAGAUGCUGGACAGACGGUGAAGCAUAUGCAUGUUCACAUCCUGCCAAGAAAGAAAGGUGAUUUUGCCAACAAUGAUGACAUAUAUCAAAAGCUUGAAAAACACGAUAAAAAUCUAGAUGGCACAGAAGAAACAAACUCAGGAAAAUGGAGGACAUUAGAAGAUAUGGCCGCAGAAGCCUCCAGACUCAGGACCUUGUUUAAAUGAAGAAGGUGACAUUUACUAUCCUGAAAAUUAAAUCAUAGAUGGAGACAAAUGUAGGCCAUUAUGAGCUGGCAUUAGUGUCAGUUAGAAGAUAUAUUAGCCAAUUGUCUCUUAUUGUUGUGAACUACUAUGGUGCUAUUACCAACUUCCAAAGACAAACAGGUUAACCUUAGAUGUGGCUUCUAGUCUACAGCUAAACAGACAAUUAUUUAUCCACAUGCUCCAGGCACCUAAUGUGUUAGAAGGCAUCAGUGUUUGGCAUCAAACUUAAGUUAUUAUGAUAUUGUUAAGCACUGUGAUAGUGGUUUAUCCAUGUAGCUAUAAGGUUUCACAGUUAGUUUUGAGUUAGUAAUGCUCCAUACCAUACAUGCUUUUGGAAAAAUGUGAUGAAAAAAUGCUGUCCAGAAUAAUCAUUUCUGAAGUCAUUAGUGGGGAUGAAGGUAUGAAAUUUAGUUUGUGGAGUGCCAAAGGCUUAUAUUAUUGUUCUUAUGAUUAUUAUUAUUAUGUCAAAAUUUCACUUUGGAAUUUUUUAGUUA